AUGCCUUGCGGAUCAUACAAAAACAUCUGCAUAAAAUCCAAUAUCAAGCCUUGGCAAUCACUCACACUCACAAAGUCUCUGCGCAAAAAAUGGAUUUCUGGUUUGUUGCUUUGAUUUCAAUCUCCAUUGCUGUUCUUCUCAAAGCUCUCAUCAACCUCUUGUCCCACAAUAAAAACCCGAAUCACAAACUCCCUCCUGGCCCUCGGAGGAUUCCCAUCAUCGGCGGCCUCUUCUGGCUUCGCAAAACUUCGACAGACGUCGAAUCAAUUCUCCGGUCACUCCAUGCCAAGCUCGGUCCAAUAGUCACUCUCGGAAUCAGGUCUCGCCCUGCCAUCUUCAUCGCCGACCGCUACCUAGCUCACCAAGCUCUGGUCCACGACGGUGCCGUUUUUGCGGACCGUCCACCGGCUCUCACCACGGGGAAGAUACUCAGUCGCAAUCAGUGUAACAUCAGCUCCGCUUUCUACGGCCCUAAUUGGCGUCUCCUCCGGCGUAAUCUCUCUGCAGAGAUUCUCAAUCCGUCUCGCGUGAGAACUUAUUCUCACGCCCGCAAGUGGGUUUUGCAAAUCCUGAUGGAUCGGCUUGUCUCGGAUUCCAAAACUGGUGAGCCAAUUCGUGUGAUGGAGCAUUUUCAAUUCGCAAUGUUUUGCUUGUUGGUGCUUAUGUGUUUUGGUGACAAGCUUAGCGAAAGCAAGAUUAAGGAAAUCGAGGAGGUCCAGCGACGCUUGAUCUUGAAUUUGGGUAUAUUCAAUGUAUUGAAUUUCUGGCCUAGUGUGACUAAGUUUCUGCUUCGGAAGCGGUGGGAGGAGUUCUUGAAGCUCUGUAAAGAUCAAGAAGGAAUACUGAUUCCUCUAAUUCGGGCACGAAAGACUGUAAAGCAAGAGAGUUUGAGUAAGUCAAAGGAGGACAAAGAAGAGUAUGUGUUGUCGUAUGUCGAUACAUUGUUCGAUCUGGAGCUUCCGCAAGAGAAGAGAAAGGUUGAUGAAGGGGAAAUGAUGGCUUUGUGCUCGGAGUUCUUGAAUGGAGGCACCGAUACUACUUCGACUGCAUUGCAAUGGAUUAUGGCUAAUUUGGUGAAAUACCAACACAUACAAGAGAAGCUAUUCAGAGAGAUUAAAGGGGUUGUGGGAGAUGGUGAAGGAGAUGUGGUGGUGAAAGAAGAUGACUUGCAGAAGAUGUCAUACCUUAAAGCAGUGGUUUUGGAGGGCUUGAGACGUCACCCUCCCGGACAUUUUGUGCUGCCUCAUGCGGUGACAGAGGAUGUGGUGCUGGAUACAUACUUGAUACCCAAAAAAGGAACUGUCAAUUUCAUGGUAGCAGAGAUGGGUUGGGACCCAAAGGUGUGGGAAGAUCCUAUGGAGUUCAGGCCAGAGAGGUUUUUGAGUAGUGAUGGUGAAGUGGUGUUUGAUAUAACAGGAAGUAAAGAGAUUAAGAUGAUGCCAUUUGGGGCUGGGAGGAGGAUGUGUCCUGGAUUUGGAUUGGCAAUGCUUCAUUUGGAGUAUUUUGUGGCAAAUUUGGUUUGGAAUUUUGAGUGGAAAGCUAAAGAUGGAGAUGAUGUUGAUUUAUCAGAGAAGCAGGAGUUCACUAUUGUGAUGAAGAAUCCAUUGCAAGCACUUAUUUUGCAGAGGUCAAAAUAAGGGUUAUGGCUGCUGUUGCUAAAAUGCUUAUCUUAGUAUAAUAAAUGUUGUUUAUUCUCUCUAUAGCUACAAACAACAUGCCUGGUUUGUUCUUUGUUGUGGUGGAAUGUUUAUAGAGCAAUAUUAUGAGUCAAAUACCAAUGACAACAAAA